AUGGAUCCGAAUAACGAAAACGCCGGCAUCUUAGCCGGCACCCUCUCCGGCCAGAAACUCCACAUCCCCGAUUUGCACCCCACGUUUGCCGCAUGGAAGCAGAGCGUCAACCCUCUGCAUGCGCAGGCCAGGCAGGCCGCCGAUAUCAGACUGGCAGGGCUCAUCGAGGAUGAGAAAGCGUUGGCCAAGACUAGGGCGGUUGAUAUCGCGCUGUUUGCUUCCAUGUUGGCCCCCGACGUGGGGUACGCCGAGCUAGAAACGCUCACCUUCUACUAUAUAUGGCUGUUUCUGUGGGACGAUGCCAUCGAUGGCGCGGGCGAGGGCGAGGUGGCGGCCGAGGAGUACUGUCGCCAGUCGAUCGCCUUUGUGGAGCAUUCUCUUGGUCUGGGUGAGCCUGGGGCGCCCGUGCCGGUGGCACUCACCAAAGUUUGUGAGAGCUUUGCUGAGGUGGGCAAGAGAGUGGGUGGGUAUUGUGGGUUGGAGGAGAGGGAGAGGUUCUUGGAGAGUCUGAGGAAGUAUAUGCAGGCUUGCAUGACAGAGUAUCGGUGGAGGUUGUCUAGGAAGUUGCCGAGUGUGGAGGAAUUUUACUCGUGGCGGCUGGGAACGUCGUCGGUGGAUGCCAUGUUGGACUUGAGCCGGGUUAUUCAUAGAGUAAAACUGCCUCGUGGUAUCCUCGAAUCGAAGGAACUGGCGGCCAUGGGCUUUUGUGUCAACAAGCUUCUUAUCUUAAAGAUGAGUUUGACAAAAGACAUCCAAGAGUGCGUCAGGGAUUUUGAGAGCAACGUUGUGAUUCUUCGGAGAAACUCUGGGAUGGAUGAGGAACAGCUGAAGCGCCUAGUUCAGGCUUACCAGGUUGUUGACACGGCGACGCUCAACUUUUCCAUACAAAGCCCGCGGUAUGGUAUUCUCAAGGAUAGGCAAACGGAUGGCUCAUUUGUGGUUACCCUAUGA